AUGAAGCCCCGUUUAAACCUUGGGGAAGUCUGGGCCCUCCUUGGCCUAGCACGAAAUGCAAUGCCCGUGUGCCAUCCUCGGCAGACAGAACCACGACCUUGCCCGUCUCCAAGAAACUUGUGGCUUGCCAUGACCAGUUGGUGUCUCUUCGAUGGUGACAAGAGCGCAAAGCGUCAGGCUGGUUUCUGGGCUCGUCACCGGACCUCGCAGCGAGUAAUGCAUCUGCCGAGAAGUAUCCCGCUGGCCACUCGCUAUUUCACCGUUUGGUCGUUGAGAUCAGCGCAGCAAGCUGAGGAAUCGCAGAAUCGAACUGCAACAACAAAUCCGAUCGAUGUCAAAGGUGUAGGAAGACAACUGGAGGUCCGUUACUGGCACCAAGGCGUGUGGUGUUCGUAUCAUAGCAACUACCGGGGCUCUAGGAGAGAGCACAGUAUCGGUGGUAGCAAAAGAGGUUAA